AUGGUCAUGCUCAAGGAACCGUGGAAGAAGUACAAGGCGUUCAAGCCGCUGCGUCUGCCCAACCGACAAUGGCCUGACAAGGUCAUCGAAAAGGCUCCUCGCUGGCUGUCCUCGUGCCUCCGCGAUGGCAACCAGAGUCUGCCCGAUCCAAUGAACGGCGAGGAGAAGUGGCGCUACUUCCAGAUGCUGUGUGCCCUUGGCUACAAGGAAAUCGAGGUCUCUUUCCCCUCUGCGUCCCAGAUCGACUUCGACUUCACUCGCCGCUUGAUCGAAACCCCCGGCGCCGUGCCAGACGACGUAUUCCUGCAGGUUCUCUCGCCCUGCCGACCCGACCUCAUUCGAAGAACUGUAGAGUCAGUUCGCGGAGCGAAAAACGCCAUCAUCCACAUCUACCUCGCUACCAGCGAGUGCUUCCGACAGGUCGUCUUCGGCUACACUGAAGAGCAGACCCUGGAGCUCGCCGUCGAAUGCACCAAGCUCGUCAGGUCUCUGACCAAGGACAAUCCCGAGGCUUCUGGGACGAAUUGGCAGUUCGAGUUCUCGCCCGAGUGCUUCUCCGACACCGAUCCCGACUAUGCUCUGAGGGUGUGUCGCGCAGUGAAAGCUGCGUGGGGCCCUAAUGCAGCAGCUGGAGACCAAAUCAUCUUCAACUUGCCCGCCACAGUCGAGCUUGCAACCCCCAAUAUUUAUGCAGACUUGAUAGAGUAUUUCAGCACCAACAUUGGAGACAGAGAGAGUGUGUGCGUGUCUCUGCACCCUCACAACGAUCGCGGAUGCAGUAUUGCAGCAGCAGAACUAGGCCAGAUGGCAGGGGCUGAUCGUGUCGAGGGCUGCUUGUUUGGCAACGGAGAGAGAACGGGCAACGUCGAUCUCGUCACCUUGGCUCUAAAUCUAUACACACAGGGCGUGAGCCCGCAAAUUGACUUCUCUGAUUUGAACUCAGUCAUCGAGGUAGUCGAAUCCUGCACCAAGAUUCCCGUCCACCAGCGUGCUCCUUACGGCGGCAGUCUGGUAUGCGCAGCCUUCUCAGGCAGCCAUCAAGAUGCCAUCAAGAAGGGAUUCCAGAACCGCCAGAAUCUGGGCCUAUCCAACGAAGACCCAUGGAUGGGGAUGCCCUACCUGCCAUUGGAUCCCCAGGAUAUCGGACGCAACUACGAGGCCAUCAUUCGCGUCAACUCACAAUCUGGAAAGGGAGGAAGUGCCUUUAUUCUGCGUGCGAAGCUGGAGCUCGACCUCCCUCGUGGUCUCCAGGUUGCCUUUUCCAAAAUUGUCCAGCGACGCGCCGAGGAACUUGGACGCGAGCUUCUGGCUAACGAGAUCACCAAUCUCUUUGAGACAACUUACUUGGUCCAGGAGAACCACCGCCUUAGCCUUAUUGACUAUAGCAUCAGCCCCGACCGAUCGCAGUCUCCCAUGCCUAAUGCAUCUGGCAAGACCCAGGAUACGAAGAGCAUGAUUCGUAUUUUCGACGGUGUUAUCCUCCUGGAUGGUCAAGAGAUCAAGCUGCGUGGCCGGGGCAAUGGACCGAUCUCUAGUAUGGCGGCCGCCCUCAAACAAGUCGGCAUUGAUCUCGACGUUCACGACUAUAAGGAACACGCUAUCGGUGAGGGCCGAGGUGUCAAGGCUGCCUCAUAUAUCGAGUGCAAGCCUACGGGCAUGAAGCAGACAGUCUGGGGUGUCGGUAUCCAUGAAGAUGUGGUACAAAGCUCCCUCCUCGCCAUGCUGAGCGCGGCGAGCAAUUUCCUCACUAGCCGGCCAACUAGCCCAUUCUUGAAGCCGGUUGCCACCCCUGCUUCUCAAGAGACACCUAGUGUUAUAUCUAUUCUGGAAGAGAAGGCAGCAAACGGAAUUUAA